CGCUGACAGUAAAAUGACGUUUUUGUUGGUCGACAGAGCCCAACGCGAAUGAAGAAACGUGGAAACACUGGUGUACUACAACAAGAAAGCAACGUGCUUACCCAGGUAAUUAGCCUAUUUGGAUAUACCAGUUUUAAGGAAGUAGAACUAAAGAGAACGAAAAACAUCCGAUCGUUUUGGAUUCAGCUUAUAUCGCUGUGAGAAUGAAGAAGGAAGUGAUUGCUGGUGUGAACUUUCUGAAAGGAUUGGCAGUGGAGCGUGGAGGUGUGGAUCAAAUCAAAGCCAAACGUUUUGCAUCUAAAUUACAAGAGCUUCUUCUUGAAAAAUUUACAGACCACUGGUACCCAGACAAUCCUAGCAAAGGACAGGCGUACAGAUGCAUCAGAAUAAAUGACAGAAUUCCCUUUGACGAAUCAGUAUCACAAGCCUGCAUGGAGAGCGGCUUAAAGCCAAGUGAAUUGGGUUUUCCUCGUGAGCUCACAAUAUGGAUCGACCCGUCAGAGGUGUGUGCGCGGUCUGGGGAGAAUGGCCGAUAUUUUACAGUAGCUCAGUUUGCUAAAGUGGAGGAUGAGAAAAAUGACUUGAAUCAGGAAGAUACUUUUAGCCAAGUGGAUUCUGUGAAUCUGGAUACAUCGGACUACCACUCCGCGACCUCAUCUGACUGUGGCUCAGCAGUCUCAAGUGAUACAGAAGAGGAGGUGAAAGUGGGGCAGAGAACAGUGAAGAGCACAGUUCACACAACAAGAUCUAAAGCAAGGGAACCUAAAGGGCCACGCAAGUUUCCUCCAGCUCAGAUCCCUGGCCUGCAGUACUAUUAUAACCCUUCACCGAUGUGGCCCCAGUACAAGAAGAAGAAAGGCAUGUUCUUCACGACUGUAUGUGCACCGGCACCUUCUCCGUUCUUUGCUUACUACGUCGUACCCAAAGCCCCUCCGCGGUUCAUUGUGCCUCACGCUGCCCUCCAAACCUGGGGGACAGUGAAAGGGUAAAGAGGUCGAGAACAGUAUAUCUAUAACGUAAGAUGUAUCUGCCAGACUGCAGGGAACUUUAUAGCUUAUCAUAAACUUGAAAUAUAGUGUCAAUCAUGUCAACUAUUUAACUUUUCACUGAUUUCAAUCAUAUUCUAAUGAAUUUUAAAGCUGCAAUCCGUGACAUUUUUUCUUUUGGUUAAAAAUGAUCCGAAAUCAAUACUUGAACAAGUACAUAAUAAGCCAGGGUUCAAAACUACCGUCUUGCUGUAACCCGAUUCACAACGGUAAUAUUAUAAUUUUUUUUUUCUCAUUUGAGUGGUACUGGUGCUCACACUAGCUGGAAUAAUUAAAUUGAUCAUUUUGAUAGUGGAUUAUAAUCCAGAAAGGAUUAUGUGUUCAUAAAACACCUGUGAAUGAAAUUAAAUAAUAUUCCAGUUUUAAAUGUGCUUCUGAUUACAGAUAGCCUGGGUUAAGCCUACACAAGAUUUGAAUUUUAAAGACAACCAGUGAAAAGGGAGCAUAAUUAGCUUUUUGUGUUAUACGAAUUUCUUACAUGAAAUUCGUGUGGUAUGACAAAUCAGAACUUUUCAAGCAGCUUCAGUAGUGAGUGUUGAAAUGGAAAUUAUUUUUUGGGGUAAUUUGUUUUGGUAAUUUUUUAUUAAUAGAAUUCUUGAGUGAUAUUUAUUGCAAUAGAAAAUUCUGAGUGAAUGUAAUUAUUCAGUGAAAUACUAAAUGGAAUCACAUUCCCAAAUAUUACCAGCAGUACGGUUCAGGUGGGAUAUAUGAAGUUACCUCUAAAACACAAGCAUCUUAUAACUUUUCUAUAUAAAAAAAAAUAAAAUAAUAAUAAUAAUCUCAUAUACUGAAGGUGAAGAGUGCCGUGUGGGUGAGGUUCCUUUCUAAUGUGAAAUCACCUUUAAUAAUAAUCAUAUCUGCUCAAGAUACAGGAAGGACUGCAUUAACAAAAACAUUUAGUUAAUUAUGCUAGAUGCUGUGCACAAUGUUACCAUUUACUUUUGCUAAAUGGUAAGGAUAAUUGUACUGUUAUUUAUUCCAAUACCACUAGGUGGUAGUAUACAUUGCCUUAAGCCAUAUUUCAUUAUAAGCCAUAUUUCCACAUUUCAUUAUCUUGAUUUUUUGGUUGUACACAAUAGAUUUUCUUCUGAUAGUAAUUGUUUUGUGAAAACCACAUGUAAAAAUGUGUACAGUGUCUUCAUCUCACAAGUGCUGUCAUGUCUACCAGGACAUCUAUGAAAUGAUUUUAUCAUCUGCCUUUUUAGAUUUAGCUUUUAUGUAAUUUUGACUAAUUGUUGUAAUAGUAUAAGUCUUAAACACUGGACUUUUACCUUUGAUAUAUCAUUAUAAUGUUUUAUAUAAAUUAAUUGUGUGCAAUUUUGUAUGUCAAACUUGUAACCUUCAUUAUUUGUACAAAUUUUUGCCUGUUUUUUGUGCGUAUUUUUAAAAUGCAUAUCUAUGUGCUUUAAUGUUGAUUAUUGGAGCUUUAAAUAAUGUUGUGCUGUUAUGCAGUCACUGUAAAUAUUGCUUCUGCUUUAGCAAUGGAGUAAUGAGAUCUUUUUUAAAGCUAUGUCCAACUGAUGUUACAAAUAUAUAUUUUAUUACUAAAACAGUAA